AUGCUUCCCAUCCUGCCGCUCGACGUCCUGCCCGACAUCCUCCGCUGGCUCGACCCGCUCCAGCAGGCCGACUUCGGCGCGCUUGAGAACCUCAGCAAGGUCUCUCGCAGCUUCCGCGAAGCGACUAUGCCGUACCUUCUCUCGACCGUCGUCGUUUACAGCCAGCAAGACCGCCGCACACGUGGCAUGUGCCAGUUCCUGCUCUCCGCCGGCAAGGAACGCGGCAUUGCGGCGCCUUCGAACAAGCAUAUUGGCUGGCAGAACUCUGACGAUGACAUGGACGAGGACUACUUCGACCGUCUUCAGGGGGACGCCUACGCGGGACGUGCGCUCGACAACCGCACGAAACGCCUCCUUCUCCUUCUCGCUCGCAAGCCCGCCUUUGCCCUCUUUCCUACGAAGCUGGUCUACUACGGCAUCUUCGAGGGUGGCGCUGCGGUUCGCGCGGUCCGCCGCAUCUUCGGCGCCUGCCCAAACAUUCAGUCGGCCCGCCUGGUCCAGCAUGCCGAGGCGCGCGUCGAAAGCCAGGUCAAUUGGCCCUUACAGGUGCUGCAGACAAUUGCUGCAGAGCGUCCCGGCCUCCGUUCGCUCGUCGUUCUGGGAGCGCACUUCCGCUACGUGACGGACGUCCUCGACGAUGUUUGCCGCUUCCGCAACCUCAAGACGCUCGAGGUCGAGCUCCUCGACAACGACUGGCUGUGGCGGUGGGAGGACUAUGAUAAGAAGGGAUUGCGAGUCCAGUCGAACCUCGACCGUCGGAUCAUCGGCUCUCCGACGACGAAGGAGCUCUUCGACCAGCUGUCUGGCUCGUCCCGGUCGACCGUCCACACCCUCGGUCUCUCGCUCCUUCGCGAAUCGCUCGACCUCUCGGACUUCGCACAGCUCAAGAACCUCAUCGUCAAGGCCUGCCAGUACGGCGUAGUCCGCGAGACGCUCAACACGGUGCCGGCUGGCGUGACUUACCUCGAGAUUCGCGAGUCGGGCGUCAUUGCUAACCUCGAGCGCUUGAUGCGGCGCCAAGAGUUGCAACCGCACGGUUAUCCGAUCUACGACUCCGACGAGGAGGACGAAGUCUGCAGCAAAUUCGAACCCAUCUUCGGUGACGCAGGCAGCACGAUCAGGACCCUGCUUGCGGGCAUCCCGUCACACAUCAAGCACCUUCGCUUGCCGCAGUUCUACUCGAGCGAGGACAUGCAGAUCAUCACGUCCUCCUUCGCCUCGCCGACUUAUCUUCCGCAGCUCCAGGUCCUCGAGAUCGGGAACCCGCUCAAGGACCUCUACACGAACGCUACGGAGUGGGAUCCCGAUGAGGAGGAGCGCGAGAUCGCCUUGCGCGGAAGAUUGAGGGAUGUCUGCGCAGCUAGGGGCGUCGAGAUUGGACCUUACGACGAGCAUUGGGGCCAGGUGCAGAGCGAGGAGGGGACGAUUCCGAGGGCGCUUCUUCUGGGCUGA